UUGUUGGGAAAAGCUUCCAAUAGCGUGAGGGUCUCUGUUUGGGAUGAGCGGCCCAGAAAGGGCUCUUCUCGGCGGGUUCACCACCUCCUCCUCCUCCUCCGUGGAGGUCGGUGGGCGGAUGGCCUGGCCGAGCAUAAACCCCCCCGACCUCAACCAAACCCCCCCGUGGGGGGUGGGGCCGGGGGGCGGCGGCGGUGCUGCAGCCAUGAGCGCGGCCCUGGACAAUUUCACCCAGGAGUCGUUGACCAGGGCGGCGUUGGAGGACAAAAACUGGCCGGCGCUGCUCAUACUCGUCAUCAUCGCCCUGACGAUCGGCGGAAACAUCCUGGUGAUCCUGGCGGUGUCGUUGGAGAAGAAGCUCCAGAACGCCACCAACUUCUUCCUGAGGUCGCUGGCCGUGGCGGACAUGCUGGUGGGCAUCCUGGUCAUGCCGGUCUCCCUCAUCAACAUCCUCUACGACUACACCUGGCCCCUCCCCAGCGCCCUGUGUCCCAUCUGGAUCUACCUGGACGUGCUGUUCUCCACCGCCUCCAUCAUGCACCUGUGCGCCAUCUCCCUGGACCGCUACGUGGCCAUCCGCAACCCCAUCGAGCACAGCCGCUUCAACUCCAGAACCAAAGCCAUGAUGAAGAUCGCCGCCGUGUGGACCAUUUCCAUAGGCGUGUCCAUGCCCAUCCCCGUGAUCGGCCUCCACAACGAGGACAAGGUGUUCGUCAACGGCAGCUGCGUCCUCAACGAGGAGCGCUUCAUGCUGAUUGGCUCCUUCGUGGCCUUCUUCAUCCCGCUGGUCAUCAUGGUGGUGACGUACUGCCUCACCAUACAGGUGCUCCAGAGGCAGGCCACAGUCUUCCUGUGCGAGGCGAAGAGCUCCUCCCAGCAGCCUUUGCACACACCAGCGAUGGCGCACACGUUGCAGCCCCCGCCGAGCACCUUCCACAUUCCUCAGAUCACCACGUUCGCUCCCUCCGAGUCACAAGAGUUACAGGCCCCGCCUCCUCCGAGCAGACGGAACACCCUGAGCUGCCUGAAGGGAGCGGAGGCCGCCAUACUGCGCAGCGCCUCCACGCCGGACAGCCUCAGCAUCGUGCCCAGCUCGGAGGCGGCGUCCCAGCUCAGCUCGCCGGCCGCCGGGCAGGGGAGGGGCGACUCGUCGGGUUGCCACGGGCGACGGGGCAUGAUGCAGGCCAUAAAGAACGAGCGGCGAGCCUCCAAGGUCCUGGGAAUCGUCUUCUUCCUCUUCCUCAUCAUGUGGUGCCCCUUCUUCAUCACCAACGUCACCUUCGUCCUGUGCCGGGGCUCCUGCAACGAGUCGCUGCUCAACGACCUCCUCAACGUCUUCGUGUGGGUGGGCUACAUCUCCUCGGGGGUCAACCCUCUGGUCUACACGCUCUUCAACAAGACCUACCGCAGGGCCUUCUCCAGCUACAUCCGCUGCCGCUACAAGGCGGGGGCCAACGCCGCCGGGCAGGGCUGCAAAACCCUUCUGGUGCCGCCGCCGUGCUCUUCGCACGCCGUGACCCCCCUCCUGCCGGGCGCGCACGGCAAGGCCGGCGUGGACCGCAACAGCAACUUCCGCAACGGCGGGCGGGGGGGCAACGGGCGGCUGGCGGUGGACGCCGACGACGUGACGGACGACGAGACGCAGGUGGGCGCCGCCUCGCGGAGCCUCUCCGACUGCCGCGACGCCCUCUCGGGGGCGGAGCUGGAGACGGAGGCGGAGCAGGAGCUGUCGCUCAUCAGCUCCUACCCCGCCCCCACGGAGCGCACGAGUUGCGUUUGACCUUCGGGGGGUGGGGGGGCGGAGCUCUCUCUCUUUGUCUGGCCUCGCCCUGGGGUCAACGGGGGGGUCAACGGGGGUCAAGACUUGAGGCAGAGAGUCAAAGUUUCACCGGAAACUAAACC